CCCUCGGUAGUGCGGGGUUCCGGCGGUUGUGUCAGUCAACCGGGAGAAGGUGUUGACAGUUGACAGUUCUUCGCGGCAUGGCUAGCUAACGUUAGCGGGGUGCUAGCCGGGGCAGCCGGCGUCUCUGCGGCCAGACACAAGCCGCAAUAUUCCAUCCUCUAACCUUGUGCACCUGUGACAACUCCUUGCCCUUACAUUUGCACCAACCCCUGUUCCUGCAUCUGCCCAUGUCCCUGCCCCAGCAAAAAAGAGACAACAAAAGAAACUGUUGCCUUCAUGGAGAAUCAAUGCUGUAAAAAAACGAAUUACCUGACCGUCACCUGAGCGCAUUAGCCCAGCUCACUUUGCCUCAGCCGUGCCUGUGACACCUCGCACCAACCAACCCCCCUCGCCCUUUUCCCUCCCUAUACCCCUUUCUUUUCCAAGGGCCUCGCCAUGGCAUCCGUACGGUUCACAGUGACACCCACCAAGGCGGAGGACCUCCCUGGGCUGCCGGACACCUCGCCUGAAAUCGGCUCUCGUUCUGGUACUCACGUACGCUUUGGCUCCCGGGAAAGCGUCAGCCGAAGCGAGCCUCAUAGCGAUGCCUCGGGAGGACUCACGACAACAGCGGGAGGAGGCGGGACAGAAAUUCCAUGCCACAGCAUUAUGGAGCAAGGGGAUGGAAAUUCUAAAAUCUCCAGCGUGUAUAUCAACAACAGCCAUGGCGUGGAUGACGAUGACUUGUACGACAGAAACCUGGCCCUUUUUGAGGAGGAGAUGGACACUCGGCCUAAAGUGUCGUCUCUGCUCAGUCGGCUGGCCAACUAUACCAAUUUGACGCAGGGGGCCAAGGAGCACGAGGAGGCUGAGAGCAUCGGUGAAAAGAAGAAAGUCAGCAAGUCGCCGCAGAUGGGGACUUUCAUGGGCGUGUACCUGCCGUGCUUGCAGAACAUCUUUGGCGUCAUCUUGUUCCUGCGUCUGACCUGGGUGGUGGGGACCGCUGGUGUGCUGCAGGGCCUCUGCAUUGUUUUCAUCUGCUGCUGCUGUACGUUGCUGACCGCCAUAUCGAUGAGCGCCAUAGCGACUAAUGGAGUGGUUCCAGCUGGAGGCUCCUACUUCAUGAUCAGCCGCUCUCUGGGUCCAGAGUUUGGGGGUGCAGUCGGCCUGUGCUUUUACCUGGGCACCACCUUUGCCGGAGCCAUGUACAUCCUGGGAGCCAUCGAGAUCCUACUGAUGUACAUCGCUCCCGAUGCGGCUAUCUUCACUGCCAAAGGGUUGGAAGGCGAGGCUGCGGCCAUGUUGAACAACAUGCGUGUCUAUGGCUCAAUCUGCCUCCUCCUCAUGUCCCUGCUAGUCUUUGUGGGUGUCAAAUAUGUCAACAAGCUGGCCUCCGUCUUCUUAGCCUGCGUCAUUGUCUCAAUCGUCUCCAUCUAUGUCGGCGCGCUGGUCUCUGCUUUCAAGCCGCCCAAUUUCCCAGUGUGUAUGCUUGGAAACAGAACCAUCAACAGCCACGAUCUGGUUGACGACCAUUGUGCAAAAACCGUCCUGCUGCCAGCUGAGAAGGAGGACGCCAACGAUACCCUUCCUAUCGACGGCAACACCACCGCCCUCCCGACUUUUGAGCCAGACCCCAGUUCAGCUCUCAUGGAGAAGACCACGUACUUGUGGAGCCGUUACUGCCAGAGUACAGAGCUCAACGCCUCUUGUGAUGAUUACUUCAACACCAACAACUUCUCAAGGAUCGAUGGCAUUCCUGGUCUGGCCAGCGGAAUCAUCGCAGACAACUUGUGGAGCUCGUAUCUCAGCAAAGGAGAUGUGGUGGAGAAAAGCCUUUUGAGCUCUUCGCACGGUGUACAUUUGGCGUCCACUCAGCAGCCUUACGUCUUUGCCGACAUCACCACAUCCUUCACGCUGCUGGUGGGAAUCUUCUUCCCGUCUGUCACCGGAAUCAUGGCUGGUUCCAACCGGUCGGGUGACCUGAAAGAUGCCCAGCGUUCUAUUCCCAUCGGAACCAUACUUGCCAUCAUUACCACUUCUGUUGUUUACUUGAGCAGCGUUCUUUUGUUUGGCGCCUGCAUUGACGGUGUGGUCCUCCGAGACAAGUUCGGAGACUCCGUAAAAGGGAAUCUGGUGGUGGGCACCCUCGCCUGGCCCACCCCCUGGGUCAUUGUGGUGGGUUCCUUCUUUUCCACAUGCGGUGCGGGCCUCCAGUCGUUGACAGGUGCUCCGAGACUUCUGCAGGCGAUUGCCAAGGACAACAUUGUUCCCUUCCUUCAGGUGUUUGGUCACGGCAAAGCUAACGGCGAGCCCACAUGGGCUCUGCUCCUGACGGCCCUCAUCGCCGAGCUGGGCAUCCUUAUUGCAUCCCUGGACCUGGUGGCUCCCAUCUUGACCAUGUUCUUCUUAAUGUGCUAUUUGUUUGUCAACUUGGCCUGCGCCCUACAGACCCUCCUGAGGACGCCAAACUGGAGGCCGCGCUUCUCUUUCUACCACUGGUCCUUGUCUUUUUUGGGGAUGACGAUUUGCCUUGCUCUCAUGUUCAUCUCUUCAUGGUACUACGCAAUUGUUGCUAUGGUGAUCGCAAGCAUGAUCUACAAGUACAUUGAGUAUCAUGGAGCAGAGAAAGAGUGGGGGGAUGGGAUCCGUGGCCUCUCGCUCAGCGCAGCCCGUUAUGCCCUCCUGAGGUUAGAAGAAGGGCCGCCGCACACCAAGAACUGGAGGCCCCAGCUGCUUGUCUUACUCAAGCUGGACGAAGACUUACACAUCAAGUCUCCUCGCCUGCUGACCUUAGCCAGCCAGCUGAAAGCAGGGAAAGGCCUGACCAUUGUGGGCACUGUGGUUCCCGGCAACUUCCUGCAGAGCUACGGAGACGCGCUUGCGGCGGAGCAGACCCUGAAACACCUGAUGGACAAGGAGCGUGUGAAGGGCUUCUGCCAGUGCAUUGUAGCACAAAAGGCACGUGAAGGCAUCAGUCACAUGAUCCAGUCCAGCGGCCUAGGCGGGAUGAAGCCCAACACCGUAGUGAUGGGAUGGCCUCACACCUGGAGGCAGAGCGAAGACCCGCAGUCCUGGAAGACUUUCAUCCACACAGUGCGUGUCACAACAGCCGCCCACCUGGCUCUGCUGGUGCCCAAAAACAUCUCACUGUUCCCCAGCAACAGCGAGCCGUGUGCAGAUGGCCACAUCGACGUGUGGUGGAUCGUACAUGACGGUGGGAUGCUGAUGCUUCUACCCUUCCUGCUGCACCAGCACAAGGUGUGGCGCAAGUGUGGGAUGCGGAUUUUCACUGUAGCCCAAAUGGAAGACAAUUCAAUCCAGAUGAAGAAGGAUCUGGCAACCUUCCUCUAUCACCUGCGCAUUGAAGCAGAAGUGGAAGUCGUGGAGAUGCAUGACAGUGACAUCAGUGCGUACACCUACGAGAGGACCCUGAUGAUGGAACAGAGGUCAGAGAUGCUCCGUCAGAUGCGGCUGUCAAAAUCGGACCGUGAGCGAGAGCGAGUUCGGUGGAGUUUUGAUGAUGUGUAUCUUUCCCACAGGUAUGGCGGAACUGGAACUUCCAAAGCCUGCAAAGGAAACCGACAGGCUCAACUCGUCAAAGACCGCAACUCCAUGUUGCGACUGACCAGCAUCGGCUCUGACGACGAAGAUGACACAGACGCUGGUGAGCGGGACCGAGCAGCGCCCGGCGAUGGCUCCUCGGAACGCCACCGUCGCAUUCAGAUGACCUGGACCAAAGAGAAGGCUGCACAGUACCGGGCUACACACUCGGGAUGCUCCACGCCAGAGGGCUUUAGAGACAUGCUCAGCAUCCGACCGGACCAUUCCAACGUAAGGAGGAUGCACACUGCAGUCAAGCUCAACGAGGUGAUUGUCAACAAAUCCCAUGAUGCCCGAGUUGUACUGCUCAACAUGCCAGGACCGCCCAAGAACCCAGACGGAGAUGAAAAUUACAUGGAGUUUCUCGAGGUUCUAACUGAGGGUCUGGAGCGGGUUCUGUUGGUCCGAGGUGGGGGAAGUGAAGUCAUCACCAUUUACUCUUGACGGGGCAAUCCACUUUUGAAAGAGCUGCCAAUCAACAGGAACUGAGGUGAGGGUUGAUCAUCGGCUGCAUUGUUACACUCAAAUCAAAGCGCCGCUUGUCACUCACUCGUCUUCGCGCUUCUCUGUUGUCACACGCCUUUCCAUUUUGCUCGCGUCAAGAAAGGCCAUGUGUUUUUGUGAGGGUUGUCGUAAGAUGUCAUCAGAAGUACUCAGGGUUUAAUUUUUGGUUUUUAUUUGUGUUAUCAAAGCAAGAUAUGUAUUUUUCACAUUUUUAUGCACUUUUUCCAAAAUAGUAAGUUAAUUUGUUAGUCAUGUCACAAGUUCACAUUUUUUACUUUUUAAGCAAUGUUUUUAAUUUUCCUCAUUUUUAACUGACAAAACAUGUUCUUAGUAGUUCUGAUGUGACACAUAAAAGUCUGACAAACAUGAAAGUGACGCACAGCCUCCCUUGCAUCCCACUGCAAUACCUUCAAUGUUACAGUUAGCUAUUGUAGUGCUUCUGGGGGGGUGUUUUCAGGCCUUCCUGAUUGAAAGGACUACUGGACCACGUGCACGUAUUUUAUGUUUAAAUGAUACACUUGUUCAUCAAAGUUGACCUGCUGAUGUUCCCUUUGUGUGUGUAAGCGUGAAUGAAAGCUUGUUGCAAAUUUAAGCUGUGAACCGCAAAGUCUUCUAUUUUGCUUUUUUCCCCCUCGUGUACUGAUUGUUUGUGUUACAAUGCAGGGAUUUUUCUUUUCAUGUUUGAUUAUUGCCUGUACAUAAAGAUUCAAAGGUGUAACUUUUUGUAUGACAUUGAUAUGAAAUGAGGCAUAAAACUUGUGCUUGAAAAUUUUGGAAAUAAAGUGAUUUUGAAGAAACUAAAA